AUGGCUAAGACCGGCAGCACUGUAACUUUGAAAUGCUUUCUAUCAGAAAAAACCCGAACUGAUCCUGUAGUUUGGUACAAGCAAAGUGUUGCCCAGGUGCCGCUUCUUGUAGGAUCAGCUCAGCAUUUUCUGCCUUCUGUACUCUACAAUGAAUUCAAUAAUAGCCGUUUCUUCAUACACAAUGGUUUUGUAUCAUUCAGUCUGUCUAUCUCAAACAUUCAGUCAUCUGAUGAGGCUUUUUAUUUCUGUGGAGUCAGGAUUGUGUAUGAAAUAAAUUUUGGAAAUGGAACAUAUUUGCUUGUGAAAGAAAAAGGUCAGCUGAGGUCCAACAUUGCUGCAGUGAUCCAAGCCCCAGUAUCAGACCCAGUUCACCCAGGUGAUUCAAAGACACUGGAGUGUGAAGUUCUCACUGGGACCAGAACAGAAGACCUCAGAGUGUUCUGGUUCAGACCAGCUUCAGGAGAUUCCCAUCCAGGAGUCAUUUACACCAACAACAGCAGGGGUGGUCAGUGUGAGGGUCGCUGUGUCUACAGUCUCUCUAAGAAGGACAUCAACAUCUCUGAUGCUGGAACUUACUACUGUGGCAUAGCCACAAGCAGACAAAUACUGUUUGGGAAUGGAACAGCACUCAGCAUUGUGGAGCCUGUGGAAACUGUGCUGGUUGGUUUGGCCGUGGCUUUGGGUUGCUGUGCUACGUUGAUGUUUUAUCUGUUUGUGCUGAACUGCAAGAGGAUAAUUACAUGUGACAACUGCAAGAUAAGAGACUUGCAGCAUGUUAUAUAUGGAAGCUGUGAAACCAGACAAAGAAGUGGUCAGGCUGAGGCUGCAGAGGGUUUGAAACAUCCAGCCGUCCAGCUGUCCAACUCUGACCCCUCAGUCCUGGUAACUGUGAUCUACUGUAUCAAACAGAAGCAUCUGUAG